UUUGUUUACUGGCGCGAUCCUUGGGCGCGAUGAACGUGGCGAAGAGAAGGCUAUUCUCCAGUAAGAGUAUUAGAAUAAUAUUGACAUCAGACUUUUCAAAGCUUGCAGCAAAUCGUACUAAGAUUUUUUAUAACCCUGUGAGAAAUAUAACUUUGCCAACAGUUCGUAUUUAUUCAAAUACUGCUUAUGAACAUACUAAGGAACAUAUAACUAAGAGUGAUACGAUCGGAAAGAUACAGCCAAAAUUAUUUUUAGCAUUUACUUGUAAAAUAUGUAAAUCUAGAAUUGAAAAACAUAUUUCGAAAAUAGCUUAUACAAAAGGUGUUGUUAUUGUCACAUGUGACGGAUGUCAGGAAAAUCAUUUGAUCGCAGACAACUUGGGUUGGUUUCCGAAUUUGAAAUCUAUGAGAAAUAUUGAAGAAAUAAUGGCUGCUAAAGGUGAAGUUGAGAAGAAAUCAGUAGAUGGUCUUCAGAUUCAAGAAACAUCACCUGAAAAUGACAUUCAUCUGACAGAUAAAGUAAUAAAAGAAAAAGAAAAUUAAAUAUUAUGUGUUUUAAUAGAUUGAGUAUAAUUUAUCUGAAUGCACAAAUUUAUGAGUUCAUCAGCUGUCAGUAUAUUAUUUAUUUCUACUAUUUGUUAACUACUGCUAAACAAUAAAUCCUUCUUUGUGACUUUUGA